AUUGACGUUGCAUUUCAGACGGAAAGUGUCUCCAAAAGAACACAGGAAUAUUCGGUGAGUGAAGAAUUUUCGUUAUACAUUUCUCCUUCUCUUGAAUUAGAUAUUAAGGAUCAAAUUUUGAAAUUGACCACUAGACGAGAUGGGGUCAGCAUACGCUCCUUCGAAUGUACAGAAUGGCAAUUCUCUUACAACCUUGAACCGUGCGGAUGAGCUUGACGAUCUUAUCGAUGCGGUCAAGUCUCUCAUUGUCCCGUUCAUUAGGGCAGCGGACGACGCAGCACCUGGCAAGAUAUGCGGUCAACUAACCACGGAUAACAAAGGGAAUUGGCGCAAUGUACUUGUGGAGUCCCAUAACCCCGCGGCAUUGAUAAAGCGCUUGAGAUUCUCACUGCCGGAGGGAGAGGGUAAAGGCAAAGAUGGACUGUUGGAAACGAUCCAAGGGAUCCUUCAGUAUAGCGUCAACACCUGGGAUCAGGGUUUUCUGGAUAAGUUAUACGCUAGCACGAACGCUGUUGGAGUAAUAUCAGAACUGCUACUCUCUGUCUUGAACACGAAUGUCCACGUCUACCAAGUUUCGCCGGCUCUGACGAUUAUAGAAAAAAUAACUUCAAAACAAAUCGCUUCCCUCUUUGGAUUCACCGGUCCUCGCGCCGGAGGCGUGACAUGCCAGGGCGGCAGCUCGUCGAAUCUGACAUCGAUCGUGGUCGCGCGGAACACUUUAUUCCCUACUACUAAGUCUGACGGCAAUGGCAACCACCAGUUUGUCCUCUUCACCAGCGUGCAUGGCCAUUACUCGGUUGAAAAGGCUGCGGUUACCUGUGGGAUGGGAGCAAGUUGCGUGGCAUCCAUCCCCGUCGACAAUGUAGGCCGCAUGAUCCCUUCUUCGUUGAGAGAAGCGAUCAUCAAGGCGAAGGAACAAGGCAAAACGCCUAUGUACGUCAACGUGACGGCUGGAACGACCGUCCUGGGCUCCUACGACCCAUUCCGGCAAAUCAGCAAGAUUUGCAAGGAGUUUAACCUGUGGAUGCAUAUUGACGCAUCGUGGGGCGGGUCGGCCGUCUUCUCAUCAAGCCAGAAGCACAGACUAGACGGCAGCGAGCUGGCCGAUUCCCUGACCGUGAACCCGCACAAGAUGUUGAACGUCCCCAUGACUUGCUCGUUUUUGCUCACCAACGACAUUGGCAUCUUCCACAAGGCGAACACGUUACCGGCCGGAUAUUUGUUCCACUCAGUAGAUGAGAGCGAGGAAGUCUGGGAUCUGGCUGAUUUGACACUGCAAUGUGGACGACGGGGCGACAGUCUCAAGCUUGCGCUGUCGUGGAUUUACUAUGGCGCGGCUGGGUUUGAGCAGCAGAUCGAUAACGCUUUUACUAUGGCUGCGCAUCUGGCAGACCACGUUGCAAAAUCGCCUGACUUUGAGCUGGUGUCGACAAAUCCGCCUCCCUGUCUGCAGGUAUGCUUUUACUACGCACCUGGAGGUCGCGUGGCGGAGACGAAGGAGGAGAACACUAGACGGACCAGGGAAAUGGUGGGGAAGUUAAUUGCGAGAGGGUUCAUGAUUGAUUACGCUCCUGGGGAUAGGGGUAGCUUCUUUAGGGUCGUGAUUAACUGUCAAACCCUGCAGGGGACACUGGACGGGCUAUUGAAGGCAUUGGGAGAGGUGGGGAAAGAGCUCUGAGCGACAAUUCCUGUAAAUUCAAGCGGUCAUCAGCCCAGUAGACGGGCGUUCCGAAGAGAUAGGAUGAGUAACAAUGUGUUACAUUACAGAGACUGCGGACAGCACUUCUAACCAAC